ACUUUUAAGAUCAGUUUAGUUUAGCGCUCCGUAGUCAAAAAGAUAGUCCUGUUAGCUUGCUUUCAGUUCACUGGUCGUGACUCCUGGUAGGAAGUGAUAGUCUGUCAAACAGCCCAAAGUAGAAAAUCCCAUAAACAACGGAAGUUUGAGUAGAAAAGUCCGUACUCCAAGCCCGCAAAGGUAGCCUUCCGAUUUCAGCCCACGCAGCAGCUUUACUCCCGGAUUUGCCGGAUUUGCGUUCCUACUUCGACGGCGCGUUCCAUCAGUUCCAGAGCUCUGGUUCCAGUCGGAUCUCUCCCUCUCGCGGAAGACCCCGGCCGGCGGCUCCGACGCGAUUUCUUUUCUCCCGACGCGCCUUGUUCCCUCUUAAAUAGAGAGCUCGACUGAGGAAGAGAGGCCGGAGAAACAUUGGCGACCGCCCUUGAAUUCCCGGAUCGAUUCGAGGCGUCCUCGCGCCAUGGGGAUUCUAAAGUUCAAUCUGCUCAUGAACACGCAGCAACAGCGCCGUCGUCGCCAAAUGCAAGCCCGUACAGGUAAAAAGAGAAGAAAUGGGAGGAGGGGGAAGAGACGCCGCGCAAUCAGGAUCACCCUGUGGAAGUUGUUCUAAUGCCAGACUCCGGCGAGAGCUCCCCGAAGCCGUCGCCGCCGGCCGACCAGGACUCGCCGGGGGCUGCGAGUCGGCACCGUUCAAGGUUGAGGAGAUGCAGGGCCUCCGCGAGCAAAGGUAGCAUCAACAGUAGGGCGCGGGCGGCGCCGCGUGCGGAGCAGCGGCAACCGUAGGGAGCCGGCACCGCUAGGAGCCACGCGCUGGGGUAUCAGCCAGCGCUAAGGAAAUUCUGGGAUCGGGAAAGGACCAGUCGCUGCUUUUUAUCGGAAGUAGGGGAGUUGUUGGAGAUCAAAAUUCUACUGAAAUGCCCAAGAAAAAGGACUUGCUCUGUCAAGAAGAUGAUCGUUCUGAGGGUGGUAAAAUUUCAAGAUAUUCAGGGUCAGGCCUUCCUGAGGAUAUCUGGUGCCAUAUACAUUCCCUAAUGCCACUGCGAGAUGCUGCCCAUUCUGCUUGUGUAUCUCGUACGUUUUUACGUUCUUGGAGAUGCCACCCCAAUCUAAAUUUCACUAAGGAAACACUAUGCGUGAAACGAAAUGCAUGUGGAAAGGGUGGUGUAGCAAGGUGUUUCACCAUGAGAGUUGACCAAAUUCUAAAAAAUCACUCAGGCAUUGGUGUGAAGACACUCAUUCUUGACAUCCCUGAUUCUUGCAAGAUUGACAUUUGUCGUCUUAAUCAUUGGCUUCAGAUUGCUAUUGCACCUGGGAUUGAAGAAGUCACAAUUUUUCUGCAUAGUAAUUACAAGACAAAGUACAGCUUCCCGUGCUCACUUUUAUUUGGUGGGUGUGGAAACUCAAUUCGACAUCUCCGCCUCACCAACUGUGCCUUCCGUCCCCCGGUUGGAUUUGAUUGCUUGAGAAGUCUGACAAAGGUGCAUCUAUAUGAAGUGUGUAUCACAGGGGAUGAGUUGGGGAAUCUUUUCUCCAAUUCUUUCGCUUUGGAGCAUUUGGAACUCAUCUCUUGCAGUGAUCUAAUCUCCCUGAAGAUACCAUUCUGGCUGGAGCGGCUCAGCUUCCUUCGUGUGUUUGAAUGCAACAUGCUCCAAGUGAUUGAGAGCAAAGCUCCAAACCUUCACACUUUUAAAUUCUUCGGUAACCCAGGACACCUCACACUUGGAGAAUCAUCGCAAGUGAAGAGCCUAGAUUUUAGGCUUUCAAAUAAUUUCAACUCUAUCACUUAUGCUAUUACUAAGCUUCCUUCCACUGUGCCAACUCUUGAAACUCUUAAAUUAACUUCAUUUAGUGAGAGGGUUAAUACACCUAUGGCAGCUGACAAGUUCCUCAAUCUGAAGUGCUUACAGAUUUAUCUUGCUGGUUAUGAGGCAUUUUCCCCAUCCUAUGACUAUUUGUCUUUGGUUUCGUUUCUGGAUGCUUCACCUGCCUUGGAGACUUUCAUCUUGAGUGUAAAUCAGGAUGUUAUGAAGCAUGAUUCUGUUUUCGGGAAUGCCUCGCCUAUGAGGCAGAUUCUUGGGCACAAACAUGAUAGGCUCAGGAAGGUGCAGAUCAAUGGCUUCUGCUCAGCAAAAAGCAUGGUUGAGCUAACUUGUCAUAUUCUCGAGAAUGCAACAUCCCUUGAAAGUCUUACAGUGGACACCAUAUUUGCUGGGUUCAUCGGUGAUGAUGUUCGUAGGUGUUUUCUCCAAAAGAAAAGUAAAUGCCGUUCCAUUCCCAGGGAUAUGAUCUUGGAAGCACAUAAUGCACUCAGGGCUGUCAGUAGCUUCAUCGUGGGAAGAGUACCUCCUGCAAUUAAGUUAAAUGUUUGGGAGCCUUGCAGUCGGUGCCAUGCUAUAGAUGUUAAGUUACCUUGACUUUCCAAUAUUUGACCAUUCUGCAGUGUUGCAUAACUAUUAAGUUUCCAUAACUAUUAAGUUUUAGGCUAAUCUGAGUGCUUUCUUUGGCUGCAUGUGUGUGAGGGUCGAGUCCAAUAAAUAACUAUGCAUCAUUGCAUAGGUUGUCAUAACUUUUAAUUGUUUAGGGAAAGGAUACUUUGUAGCCAGCUAUAGAAUAAGUUAUUUUGUGUCCACGUGA